AUGGAUGAUAAAUAAAAGUUAACUGCUACAGUGUUUAUAAAUUGGGCAAAUUCCAUUUUCAAAUUAGAAAAGGAUAAAUGUUUUUAAUUAUAUCCAAAUAAUGAUUAAUCAUUAACAAGCACAUUAUAAAAUGAUACUAGUUAAUAAUCAAGUAGCUAGAUUAAUCGAUUCACCUACAGGACUAGGCUAUAUGUUGGUAGUUGA